AUGUCGGCCGUGUCCCGUGCACAGCGCGGCGGCCGUGCGUCGUAUGUCGUGCGCACAAGGAAGCGCAAACACAGGAUCCAGCAAGCCCUCGAGCUCCACUCCUCAUCGCCACCCGCCUCUCCCGCCAUGUUCGCGUUCACCGCACUCGUCGCCCUCGCCUCCGCGGCGCUCCCGCAGGUCUUCGCCCACGGCGGUGUCCUCUCGUACAAGAUCGGCGGAACGACCUACCAGGGCUGGGCGCCCUACAACUCCCCCACAGGCCAGACCAGCAUUCAGCGGCCAUGGUCCAGCUACAACCCCAUCAUGGACGCGACGGACUCCACGCUCGCGUGCAACGACGACGGCAAGUCCGGCGCGCUCCAGCUCACCGCGACCGCCGUCGCCGGCCAGCCGAUCACCGCGUACUGGAACCAGGUCUGGCCGCACCCGUACGGGCCGAUGCUCACCUACCUCGCGCAGUGCCCGGGGAGCACGUGCACGGGCGUCGACGCGAGCACGCUCUCCUGGUUCAAGAUCGACCAGUCCGGGCUCAUCUCGGGCACGGUCGGGAACGGCUACUGGGGCUCGGGCAAGAUGAUCGACCAGAACUCGACGUGGACGACGACGAUCCCGGCGAGCGUCCCGAGCGGGAACUACCUCAUCCGGUUCGAGACGAUCGCGCUGCACUCGCUCCCCGCGCAGCUGUACCCGGAGUGCGCGCAGCUGACGAUCACCGGUGGAGGGAGCCGCCAGCCGACCGCGAGCGAGCUCGUCAAGUUCCCGGGCGGGUACUCGAACUCGGACCCUGGCCUGAACGUCGACCUGUACUCGAACGCGGCGCUCACGAACACGAACUACAUAAUCCCCGGUCCUCCCCUCUACGGCUCCAGCGCCACCACCACCUCCGCCGGUUCUACCACCACCGUUAAGACCACCACCGCACCUGCGACCACCACCACCGCUGCGGGCACCGUUGCGCACUACGGCCAGUGCGGCGGUAUCGGCUACACCGGUGCCACCGGCUGCGUCGCACCCUACACCUGCACCGUCCUCAACGACUACUUCUCCCAGUGCACGUAA